GCGGCCUCCUCCUCCUCCUCCUCCCGCUGCUGCUGCCGCCGCCGCGGAGUUUGGGGAGAGCGAGGCGGGCAGCGGCGCCCAGAGACCGGGGAAGCCACGGCGGGGGGUGGGAGAGGCCGAGGGGGAUACCCACGGCGGCGGCUGGGGGGGGAGGAGGGGGGGAUACCAGGCGGGAGCACGGCCGUUCUGCGCGGGCGGGCGGGUGGACUGCAAGCGGCUGCCGCCCGAGGGGGCCACCCCACACCACCACCCCACACCACCUCCUCACACCACCUCCCCCGCCGCCGCCGCACUCGCUCAGGUGCCGCCCGCGACGAGGAGGACGAUGGCUAUGGAGAGACCGAGGCACCCGCUGUAAAUCGAUCGAUGUCUGAAGACAAACGGCGCCGUGACAUUUUGCAAGCGCGCGGUGGCGUCCUACUGCGGCAACAUGUCCAAAGAUGUCAGUUUCUUUGACAAGAAUGGGGAACUGAAAAACUUCGUGGAGAAUCUGAGCCCAACAAAGGGUGGCUUGCUGCUUGUGACGAGUGCAGUGGGCACCCCCAAGGCUCAGCUCAUUGGCGGCAGCCUGGCCUCCCAGUCCAGCUCGCACUCCCCUAUGAUGCUGGGCACCCCCCAACGCACAGCGAUGACAGGUGCCAUCCUGCUGGGCACCCCCAACACCCCUGGCAUGCUCGGCGCCACGCAGGGUGGCGCUGCCCUCAACGACCAUUCCCCGGCGUGGUCCGGGCGGAAAAGCCGCAAGGGAGACAAACGCGGCAAGGGGCUGCGCCACUUCUCGAUGCGCGUGUGUGAGAAGGUGAGGGCCAAAGGCACCACCACCUACAACGAGGUGGCCGACGAGCUGGUGGCGGAGUUCAGCAGCACGCUCCGCGCCAGCCAGGAGACGUACGACCAAAAGAACAUCCGGCGGCGUGUGUACGACGCCCUCAAUGUCCUCAUGGCCAUGAACAUCAUCUCCAAGGAGCGCAAGGAGAUCCGUUGGAUCGGGCUGCCCACCAACUCGGCGCAGGAGUGUCAUAACCUGGAGACCGAGAAGCAGAGGAGGCUCGAGAGAAUAAAGCAGAAGCAGGCUCACCUGCACGAGCUCAUCCUGCAGCAAAUCGCCUUCAAGAGCCUCGUGCAGCGCAACCACGAGCAGGGCCGCGCCGCGGGGGGCGCCCCGCCGGCGGGCUCCGUCAUCCACCUCCCCUUCAUCAUCGUCAACACCAGCAAGAAGACCGUCAUCGACUGCAGCAUCUCCAGCGACAAGUUCGAGUACCUCUUCAACUUCGACAGCACGUUCGAGAUCCACGACGACAUCGAGGUGCUGAAGCGCAUGGGCCUCACGUACGGUCUCGAGGCCGGCACGUGCCGCCCUUGCGACCUGGAGCGCGCCCGCGCCCUGCUGCCCAAAGCCCUUGAGCCACACCUCCUGGAGAUGGCGCGCAGCGGGGGAGCCACACUCGCAGCACUUCCCGCCGGGGAUGCCCUCCCACCCACGAGCAGUCACGUGGAGGCCGGGCUGGUGCUGGACGGGGAGCCGUGCGGGCCGGUAGGAGCGGCACGCGGCGGGACGCCCUUCUCCUUCGCCGACGACGAUGAGGAAGACGAUGAAGAUGACGACAGCGACGACGACGACGACUCCUCUGACUGAAGCCCCGCGGGGGUGGGGGGGGGGGGCAAGGCGCUGCUCCUCCUCCCGCCCCCACGCAUCUUUUAUACGAACGCACGAUUGUUUUGUAACUUUUUUUUUGAUAGCCAGAGUGACGACGAUGUUUUGCGUGUGGCCGCUUUUGGGGGGCCGAACCGGGGUCAGGGGUCAAACCGGGCGGGAUCAACCAUGUCGCCGUUGCCUUCGCCUGCCAGUCCUGUUUCCCUUGAAGGCUCCAGUUGGAGGUGGGAUCCUAUUUGAAGGCCCGAGCGGGAGAUGAAUCGCCUGAAAGCGCGCAAGAGAUACGCGGGCCGGGUGGGGGGAGAGAAUGGGGGCCUUGUGUGUGGCCGUCCCAAGGCCACGUUGGUGCGGUAUUCACCGCCGUGUCUCUCGCGCCGCGCUGGAUCGUAACGGAGCCCCCAUUAGUUACAUUAAAAAGUGGUAAUGAGACAUGGUUGGUUGGUCGUGACACGGAAUUUCCUUUUGUUUGCACUCGUGAGCUGCUUCCCAACGAAAGCGCAAUUUAAACAAAAAAAACGACGGAAGGGAAUCCCCUGCCCCCAAGUCGGUGUUUUGUCGGCGGUUUUGCCCACGAGGGCUAAGAGAUUUCUUGGCCAAACCGAUGCCUGGUAGUUGACGUUGAUUCUGUGCGACCGUUUGCUCGUGUCGUUUGUGGGGGUUACUGACUCAAUAAUUAAUGUGUGGGAUGGCAAACCACAAUGUUGAUUAAAACAAAACAAUCGUCUGGUGCUUGCGUAAUGAGCGCUGGAAACACGGCUCCCCCCUACUUCCAGUCCUGGGACGACCUUCCGCACCGAUGGUGCGAGAUGAGCCGCUCGGAGCGACGAGAGGCAAGCUUGGGGCUCCCGCUCGGGCUUUGUCAAAAUAACUCUCGGUCUGCGGUUCACAUCGACUCGUCCCUCCUUGACCGCCCGGCGCAGGUGCUUAACGAAUCGUGUCGUGAACGUUCCGAACCGGCGUCAUGCCUCUUUGGGAACUCUCACCCCCCCCCCCCCCCCCCGUGUAUUCGCGCUCGUUCUGUCGCGCCAGCAGCGGCGGGCACGCGGGAAUGCGUGGCGCAAACCGUGUCCGUUGAUUCUACAGUUAAUACAUUUUUUUAAUCACCUGUUACGUCAUCCAAAUGUUGGUGAAAUACUCUGAAGUUUCUCACGACUUGCACGUUAAUAAGCACUGCCAGUAUCAAAGCUAGCGCAUGGAGGUUCAAGGGGCCUUGUGAAGUGGAGGUCUUCAACCCACGCCUCUACUGUUCACCUUUGUCUCUCUCCCCCACGCAAGGGAGGCUUGCAGUGCCCAUCGCGGUGGAAUGUAUUUCAGAGCUCGGGGGCGACGCUUGUGUAGACGUCUGGAUCUUGUUUGCGUCGUCGUUGAAAUAAACGCCUGUCCAUUGACUUUUGUCAGGCCGAGUGUGGGCAUGGGCUCACCGACACGAGACCACCGUGCGUCGGGAGUGAAGAGCCCUGGUCCUGGGCCUCACCUUGAACCACGAUCGACCGCGACGGCGGCUUCCAGAUUUGUGUUUACCGCGCUGGACCCUUCUUCCACACCUCGGCUGCUCCUGCGUGCGCGUACAAGUCGGCCCGAGUAGCGAAGUCUUGCACAUGAAAUGCGCUCACGUUUUACUGAAAUCUCGUUUUAACUUUAAAAUCUUCUUAUUGUGAGGUUAUGACUUUCCGUAUGGUGUUCGGCGAAACGAAAGUAAAAAAAGGAACCGCUUUUCUCGUUUCAUUAUUAACCCUGGCGUCUUGAAGCCGGAUCACGUGGUCCCAACGCCGAGGCCUUUGUCAAUCCUGGCUGCUGCUCUUGAUGUUUGGCUGUGAGCACGCAAGACGAUGCGACGACUGCAAUGGCCACGGCGUCAUUGGACAGCCGUGAUGCUGCACCGAACAGACUCCGUCCGCCAACUGUCCUGAUCCAAACUGUGAAGCAACGUCGCUCGCGUCGUCCGCUUACCCAGACGACGAUCGGUGACGAUGUGUUCGGGACGUUGCCACUGCCUCCACCCAUCGUGACCUCGCCAUGCCAUGCGGUGACCGUGCUGGGUCGUCAUCGGCCACGAGGUUUCUGCUCUGACUGGAAGCCGAUUAGCGUUGUGCCGCCAUGGCACACCGGGCCUCGUUAAAAGAACGCCCGCACAUUCCCCACCGCUCCAUCUACAAGCGCAGUCUCGGCGCCGCUGUGUACCUUGGACACGGCCCAUUGACCGUCGUCCGGCGCCGAGGUUGCGUGCUCUGCCGAACGUGACCUUCACCCGCGAUGGGAGAGGGGCAGCUUGGUGGCUCGGCAGUGGUCUUCCCCAUGCCACGAGAUGUCUCAGUAGCCGGAGAACAACGUCAUUGCGCGGUCUGACCGAGCCCUUGCCCCUGCUCCCUCGCACAUUCAACCCAAGGCAGAGGCCGACUGCUGUGGCGGCUGGGGCUCGUGGUCGCCCCUGUGUCUGCACAAGCAGUUGUUCCCAACGUCGUGAUGAAAUCGGUGGGCACUCGUCAACAAACCCUGCUCAGACGGUGCCGAAUUUCCCGAGUCGGUAUCUGACCUGCAGCCCCCACCCCCUCCUCACCCUGUUGCCGCCUCGAGCAAUAAGCACAGCGACUUUAUCAAUAUGCAAGGACGACGUGAGAUUUCAUGCGUCUGUUUGAUUUCUUCCCUCCCUAUUCGCUUCUACGAGCCAGAGAAGUGCGUCUCGUGCUGUCGGUCCUUGCCAGUCCCGUGCCCUCCCCACUCCCCUGGUAACCUUCGUGCCUUAAAGUCAAGAGCCAUCCAUUCAGAGCCGAGCUUGACAUUUCGCAAGAAAAUGUUCAUCGACCGUGACAGCCCAAUUGUUGUGGCCCUACCGGAAUUAUUGUGGCAUUUGAGGCAGGCGGCAAGACGUGGCGACCAGCAGUCCCGGUGUUGGCCCUCGGCCUCGCCGCUGUGGUACCACGCUGAGCCAGGAAGGAGGCUGCUGCCACCCAUCAAGAGGAUCGUGAGAUGGAGCUCAGAUUCGCAACCCCCCCCCCCCAAGCAGGUGACGUGUAAAAGGCAAUCCCCAGUGGCUGAUGCUUUUGGGUUUGUCGGCCGUUGGAGUGGAAUAGGAGGAAGUGGCGACUUCUCAUGUGCUGCUGGUGGAGCCCUCCCCAGUUCUGUGGUUUCAGAAUUGUUUGUCUAAAUCGCACGCUCUUUGGAAUUGGCAGGAAGGCGAGUCAAAAGUUUUGAAAGCGAGAUGCAGUUCUUUAAGGUGUGUUCAGGUGCCCAUUCUGUUCUCUGAAUGAAUGGCGACAGUGCUGAUGGUUGCGAUCUGGGCUGGACUGUGACAUUAAAUGCAAUCUCAUUCUCGAAACUUUCAACUGCCGUGUGCAGUUGUGUGGGUUACUUGCGAGAGUCGCGUUAUCCAAGUCCAUAGAGAUUGGAUGUCGUUUUAGUGUUGUCGCAGAUUCCCUGAACAUAAUUGUUUUUUUUAUAUCAACUUCGGAAACAUUUCCCUUUUGCUCCACAUGGCAGCGGUGAGCAUCGUCACUUCGGAUUCCCCCUUCCCACCCUCCCCCCCGAGUUGCAGUGAGACGUGGUCACAGGUCACCAAGCCGGCCAACCACGCCAAUCGGUUGCGUUGUCAGUUGCGCUCCGCACCGCGGUCUCAAGCGCACGGGGGGGGGGGGGGGGGGGAGGCGUUUCAAAAACAGCGUCGAGGUUAGGCUGAUCAGUGAGCCCCAUCCAUUUCUGGCCGCCUUGGCCACCCACAGCAAAUGUUUUCAUGCCCAAAGUUAAGAGUCUAGCCACGUGGUUUCCGUAAUCAAAAGGUGAUGCGAUGCAAAUUCCUGUUACCACCGUUUAAUGUUUGUGUACAGAGAAUAGGCCAUCCUGCAUUGUGAUACCUUGCCAUUCAAACAUUGUCAAGGCGAUGUUUCCGGCUGUGUUAUGAUCGUUUGCUUAAUGUUUUGUGCUCAUAAGUUGGAAUUUAAGGGACAUUUUCGAGUAACAAACUUAACCUGCUCCUGCCACGCAGAUAGACAACCAACUGCCUUCAGCGCAGCUGCUUGUCACAUUUUUCUGAAUGAAAUCUUGUAAAGUUAAGUGUGCAGAUAUUGGGGUUUUUUCCUCCCCCCCCCCCCCCCCCCGUGUGCAAACUUUAUCAAGAAUUUGACCAUCACAAUCCUGUUUGUAUAAUAUUUCAAUGAGAAUUUGAGCAGAGUUGGGGGGGGGGGGUUAAAUAUAGUUUAGUUUCAAUUGUCAUUUUAUUUGAAACCGUUUUGCGAGUGCUUUUGCAGAUGAUGGCAUUUGUUUGAGGGGUGUUAAAUGUUCAAGUACAUGAUUUAGGGUACAUUGGAUUGAAAUAAACAUCUUUCCUAAA